AGAUAGAUUCCGGAAGGUUCUGCCAUUUCGCCUCUUCUUCUGGAAUCAUCGUUUCCACCCCUAAUUCUAUCAAUCAAAUCCUCCAUCCUCAGCCUCCAAUUAAACUACUCCACCCCUAUAAAAAUCGAAACAAAUCCACGCCCGAUAGAAAGAAGAAAAAAAGAAGAAGACGAAGGAAAUGGGGGAUUCGUUCUUCGGCGAGCCCUUCCGGCGGCUCUUCUGGAGCCCGGCGAUCUUCCGCGAAUGGCCCGGAUCGUUGGCCGCCGCCGUGGACUGGCUCGAAACCCCCUCCUCGCACGUCCUCAAGGUCAACGUCCCAGGGUACGGGAAGGAGGACAUCAAGGUCCAGCUCGAGGAGGGGAACGUCCUCAGCAUCAAGGGGGAGGGGCCGCCGCCGGCGGCGGCGAAGGAGGAGAAGCCCAGGGACGCAGUGUGGCACGUCGCCGAGAGGGGGAAGGGGGAGAUCUACAGGGAAUUCGCGCUGCCGGACAACGUGAGGACCGACCAAAUCAAGGCCCACGUCGAGAACGGCGUCCUCACCAUCGUCGUCCCCAAGGAGCACCUCCCCGCCAAGCCCAAGCCCAGGACCAUCGCCGUCUCCAGCAAGCUCUGAUCAAAUCUCCUUCCCAAUCUCGUCGCCUUUGUCUUUGUCUAAUAAAAAGCUAGAUGAAUGCUUGUUAGAAAAAAAAACUUGUGUGUCAUAAAUUAUAAAUUAUAAUGAAACAGCGUACGGAUGAUGAACAAUAAGAUGUAUUUCGAUGGUUCUUGUGUUGAUGUAGUUGUAAAAUUUCAUGCGCAUUUCUAUUUGAAAUUUGAUUUCGAUUUUUGCA